AUGGCUAUGGUAAUGGAUUACAGAACUGUGGAUUAUGAGAAGGUAGAAGAAAUGUCUGAAAAAGAAAGGUGUGGAUGGGUAACAGACUCAUCUUUGUUGCAGGUGUUCACUAUUCUCGUCAAGAUAAACAGUCUUAAAAUGAGGUCUGAAUUCUUCUUUAUCUGCAUUUUCUUGAGUGUUACACCUUUGUUGGCUCAGUUGAACAGCCCUCCAUUGAAGAUUGAAUGCUUGCUGCCUUAUGGGAAGAUCUACACCAGGCAAACGGGUAACAGUUGGGUUAGCUGUCUUGCAGACAGCUCAGUAGAAAUGACUUACAGUCCUUCUGCAUCUGCAUCUGUAUUUGUUAGCAAAACUGUACCUCCAGUCUGCAAAUGGUACAAUGGAUCUUCAUUGCUUGCAACGACUUCUGAGUGGUCUGGAAAGCUAUUCUUUUCUCAAAGUUCAGAAUUACUCUUUGUCACUGUGCAGUGUUCUUCUACAGCAUGCUCUAAGCAGCCAUGUUCUUUUGAGAAAAUCACUGUUGAGGUGACCAAUCAAGAUAUACAUCUUUUUAUUUUGUUGCCUCCACCCCCUUACUAUGAGUUUCAAACAGUGCAGUUUGCAUGGUGUGCCAAGAUGAUGAAACCAGACUGGAGCUAUACUUUAUCUACCAAUGGUGGAACACCAAGUAGGGUGGUGCUAAAUGCCAAUUACUAUACACAAAUUGAUGAAAGCCUGUACCCUCCUGGUCUAAAGCUUAAAUGUGCACCAUAUUAUAACUACAAAGUUACUGUGCUGUAUGAAAAUGUUGGUGAAUAUGCAGCAUCCCUUUCAGUUGAUAGUGGACCACCAGUAAACCUACAAGUUUCAUUAGAUGUGGAGCCCCUCUUACUGCAUAUUCUUAGUGCAAAGUCUGAAGUAAUAAAUGUAUCUCAGAGAGUGAAGCUUUCAUGGAAGGUAUCAGCAUUCUCUGACUUGCUUGUCUACCAGCUAGUAACAGAAAACAGUGAAAUUAACUGGUCCUUGUCUUAUAAUCCAUUUUCAGUCAUGAACAGUUUGUGUCAAUUUCCAUUAUCUGGUGGUCCCAAUACAGCACUGCAAAUUCUUGCAGAAACAGGAUUUUUAAUGAAAGGACAGAACUAUACAGAUGUUGCGGGUAUUGUUACCCUGUCUAAUGGCAUAUUUGGAAUAACACAGAAUGGAGCAUUUAGUUACAUAACCCUUGGCCCAAGAAGAAAUCAAGACAGCAUUGUUUAUUUCAGCAACAACAGUGGGCUUUACUACUCCUGGAAAGAAAAUACAGCAAACGCAGCAAGUAUGCUUGGUGUAUAUUACAUAUUUUUUCAAGAGCAGGGUUUAGGUUACCUUUUCAACAUUGUUUUCACAGACGCGUAUUUAUAUACGUUUACUGUAGAUGUCUACCUGAACAGAAUGGAAAGCAUCUACAAAUCUUUACAGGAAAUUGAUAUAGAAAUUCAUUUAUACAACAGUGGUCCUGCGGAUGUAAAUAAUGCUAUAUUCAUUGUGUGGUUUAUUCCUGUGCAGCAUCCAUUCUUACAAUGUCUAUGGAAAUUUUCAGUGGCAUUCGCAAAGGACACUGAUGCCACUAGUGUAGACUUCACAUAUACAUACAAUGGCAAUAAUGAAUAUGCACACACAUAUAUUCCCAAUGUUGUUUUACCAUUUGAUCGACUUAAAUAUGUAGGGUUUGUAGGAACUGGUUUCUAUAGAUCCACUGGAGUAAAGCCAUUUACUCUGACAGUCACUGUUGGUUCUUAUGGCUUUAAGACCAUAAAGUCAGUAGUUUACUGCCAGAAAUCACCUUGCCUGCUAUCAAAAGCAUCAAUACAGAAGCCAAAUCAUCCCAUUCCAGUCAUAACAAGUACAAAGGGAUCCUCCCUAGUACUGUAUGCUUCACUAAACAUUACCUGUAGUGCUGUUAAAGAAAUAACUUUGGUGUGGAACUUCUAUAAUGUGCCUAAUACAACUACACAACCCAAUUGGACUGAUUAUUUGGACAUACCACAAACCUGGUCAGUGGAUCAAACCUUACUUAACAUCCCCAAAUGGUCUUUGAACUAUGGCUUAUACCUUGUAAACUUCACUGCUGAUAUCCGUACUUCUGAUGCUAAAUUACCUUUCUUUUCAAUCUCUGAUUUUGUUUUUCUUAAUGUUGGUGUAAGUGAUCUUUCUGCAGUGAUAUCUGGGGGAUCAUACAGAACAGUUGGCUAUAACACAUUGUGGAUAAUUAAUGGAUCUUCUUCUGCUGAUCCUGACUCCCGUGACCCCUUAGAUGGCCUCAGUUUUGUUUGGUACUGUACAAAAAGUGUUACAGAGUAUGAGACAUUGACUUUCAACAAACUUCAUGCUUGUCAUCCUGAUCAGUCUAGUCUUAUAUGGCCUGCUACUAGUGAUCCUGUAGUUACAAUGUAUCCACAGAAACUAGCAGGGAAUGAAAAGUAUUAUUUUCGGCUAACUGUUCGAAAGAAAACUAGAGAGAGCCAUGCAUACCAGACCAUUCAUGUACUGCUUGGAUCACCUCCUGAAGUAAUGAUUACAUGCAUAGAGAAUUGUGGGAAAAUUCUAAUCCCAACAGAAAGAUUUUCACUCUCUGGCAAGUGCUUGGACUGUACAGUGGAAACUCAAGAGGUAUAUCAAUGGUCUCUUUUUACUCAGGAUGACUCCGAGAUAGAAUUUGACUGGGAUACUGCAACAUCAACAGGAAGGUUUAGUGGAUACAUAUCAAUAAAAGCUUUGAGUUUUUUGAAUUUUUCCGAAAAAAUGUAUACACUCCAGCUAAUGGUAUCAACAUGGAGUGGUGUAUCAAGUACAGUAAAAUAUUCAUUUUAUGUAAAUGAUCCACCAAGACAUGGAACCUGCAACAUUACUCCAAAUAGGGGCAUAGCACUUGAAACCAAAUUCACAAUAGAAUGCAAGGAUUUUGUUGAUAUCAGUGUACCAUUAAUGUACAGAAUAAUAGCAAUCACAGAUAACGCAAACAUUGCUACUAUAAGUUCAUUGCAGGAUAAUUCAUUUGGGUCCAUAAUUUAUAUGGGGUAUGAUGCUAAAUGCCCACAAACAGUGCUGCCUUCUGGAAUUCCAUCAGAAAAAUAUAUGCUGACCAUCUAUGUUCAAGUGAUUGAUGACUUAGGGACAUUUACACAGGUGCAUCUCAGUGCAAAAGUGGAGAAGCCACACAUAAUGCAAAAUACAGUCGUAAAUUAUUUACAGAAUCUUACACAAGGACCAGACUCAUGGCUGUCAUCCUUUGCUAAUGAGCAUAACUUUCUUGAAGCGCAAAAAAUGACCUAUGUGAUAGCAACGGUGUUAAAUCAUUAUGCAAUUGACAGUGAGGGCAAAAGUGUUCCAGAUCUAAACUCUAAAAUUAAGCUUCGUGAAAGUCUUCUUAAAGCUUCAUCUGCUGUACCUAUGGGUAGUGCUGCAGCCAUAAACCAGGUAGCUAUCAGCAUUGCUGAGGUCACAGAAGUAGAAGAAGAGCUGUCUCUUCACAGCUUGAAACUUGCUAUAGAAAAGCUACAGGAAGCAUCAGCAGUUCUUACGGAAUAUGCACAUGAAGGCAUUGGCUCAGAGAUCACAGAUCGACUGGCUGCCACCAUAUUAACUGCUUUAUCCAACACUGUGACUGCUUCCCUAUUACAAAUGACUGAAAUAGAUACAACUGUAGACAAAUCCAAAGCUGCAGGAAAUAUUGAAGUCAUUGAAAAUAUGUUUUCAGCAGUGGAAUCACUAACCAAGUCAGUUCUUCAUGGUAAAGUUCCAGGAGAAAAUGAUACUUUGAUGCAGACCAAAUCCAGUUAUAUCAUUGUUAAGAAAGAAGACAAACAAAAUAUUGAAAGUUCAUUUCUUAUCAAAACUGAUUGUAUCAAUUGCUUUUAUCCACAGCUAGGAAAUGAUUAUUUGCCCUCGGAUGCUGUGAUAAAUGCUGCUGUAUAUAACUUCAAGCAGAAUCCCUUCCCUUGGCUUUCUAAUGGAGAAAAUAUAUCCACAGAUGUUUCUGGCUUAUCUAUGACAGCUGAAAGUACUGAUGGAACAUUUAUAGAUGUUACACCUGAGGUUAUAGAAGUGGUCAUGAGAAUCAAAGAAAGACUUCCUACAGUAAACAUCACAGUAAAACCUGAUAAAUUGAGUCCUGGCCUGUCAAGUGGGGAAUUCUGUUUUGAAACUGAGCUUCAAGAGGGAAAUGAAGUAUUUCUGCAGUUUCUUACCCAUCUUCAUGCUACUUUUAAAGCAUCCAUUUUUAUUGGGAAUACAUCUGCCAAAGGUCUUCUUGUUGGCAAAUAUCUAAUCCCACAGAACAUUUCAGAUGUGGUUACUGAUGUCUCAGAAGUGGCAACAUUUUUUGCUAAGACUAGAUAUCGUUAUAUUCUACAGAUUCCAUAUACUUCACUUGUAAAUUCUGAAGUCCAGAGACGUGGAAGCAACAGAACAAAUAUAACAGCUUUGUUGCAGUCUAGUGACAUAAAUAUAAGCAAUGACACAUUAAUUGAGAUUGUUGUUUUUUAUGCAAACUGCUUGAAUUUUGAUAAAUUAUCAGAAAACUGGAACCAAAAGUCUUGCAAAGUGGGCCCUUUAACCACCUAUGAAAAUAUUCAUUGCAUCUGUAAACACACAGCAGCUGCAGCAGGUAAAAGGAUGCUAUCUCCCACUAAGAUAAGUGCUGAAUUUAUUGCUGGAAAAGUUUUCGUAAUGCCACACAUUGUAGACAUUAGAAAGACGCCUGUUCUUUUCAAGACAUUGCACAGAAAUAUGAUACCACUUAUUGCUGUUUUUAGUGUACUUGGAAUAUAUGCUGCUUUAGUCAUAUGGGUUUUAAAGAAAAAAAAGGUGGAUGACCUUUGCAGAGAUAGGGUAAUAAUCCUUCCUGAUAAUGAUCCAUUUGACAGAUUCUGCUAUUUGGUAACAGUUUACACAGGAAGCAGAUUUGGGGCUGGGACUACAGCAGAUGUUUUCAUAACACUGAAUGGAAGACGUGGACAAAGUGAUGUGCACCACCUAAAGCAUCCAACUAUUCCUGCAUUAUACAGAGGUGGAGUAAAUACUUUCCUGCUGACCACAAAGGUGUAUUUAGGUGACCUAGUAUCUAUCAGAUUUUGGCACAACAACAGUGGAUAUUCUCCAGAAUGGUUUCUUAGCAGAGUAAAGGUUGAAAAUAUGUAUACUAAAGAAGUAUGGUAUUUCAUGUGCCAAAAAUGGCUUUCGGCUAGCAAAGAUGACAAACUACUGGACUGGACAUUUUCAGCCAUAAGCAUUUCUGCACCUAUAGCUAGACGUGACUUUUUCCAGAUAAGUCUGGCCUUUGGUUUGGAAAAUCAUAUGUUGUUUUCAGUUUUUUCCAGUGUUGUAUCUGAUUCCUUUAAUAGACUUCAGAGGUUAUCUUGUUGUUUAACAAUGCUUAUGAGCAUCCUUCUCACUAGCAUUAUGUUUUUUAAGAAAGAAAGUUUUCAAGAAGACACAUGGGAAGUGUAUGUGAAAUCUAUAAUAGUUAGCAUUGAAAGUGCUCUGAUUUCUGUACCAGUGCACUUACUUACAACUGGUUUGUUUAAACACUCACACAAAGAGCAAGAAGUUGCUUUGCCCUCUCCAGAUCAUCAUUCUAAUGAACAAAAGUUAACAGGCGAUUAUAUGUUUUCUUGGAUGUUUUAUUUGCAACCUAGAAAUUGGAAAGAUCGCUUAAAAAUGUGUUACUUGAUAGAAAGUAUUAAGGAACUGCCAGAAAAUAAUUUGGAAAUCAGUAAAAUCCAAACUCUAGAUCCCAAAAGUAUCCAGCAUUUAACAAAUAGUAAUAAAAUUGUGCCUGAAUCGCUUAUGAAAAGAAAAACUCACCUUAACUGUGUUGUUACUGAAUCUUUAGUAGGGGCAGUAACCAUAGACUAUGACCACCAAAUAGCUGCUAUGGGUGCAGUUUAUCAUAAAGAAAAUGGUGUGCAUCUGACAUCACAAAAAUGUUUCAUACAGUCUGAAAAACAUAAGCAGAAAGGAAAUGAUGAACAGAUCAUUCUUGCAAGCAAACCAAAAUUAAUUCUGCCACAUUGGUGCAUUUAUUUUGCUUGGGCUGCUGUUGUAAUAGUGACGCUCGUUUCCUCAUUUUUUAUAAUACUAUAUGGUCUUUCAUAUGGUAAAACAAUUUCACUUGCCUGGCUUUUUGCAUCUGCAUUCUCAUUUUUACAAAGUACAUUUAUUGUUGAGCCAGCCAAAAUCGCAUUACUAUCUGUAAUACAUUCUGUAAUAAGAAACACUUGUAAUAAACUCUCAUGGAUCACAAGAUGUAAUAUUCUGGAGUUCAGGCUAAAUGAAGUCCCAAAAAAUAUUGAUGAAAUGAGACAGCUACAUUUUGAAUUCAUCAAAAUGCGCAAAGGCAAAGUGUACCAGCCUCUAAAUGAGGAUGAGCUGAGAAUUGCAAGGAAAAGAGGCAGUACAGAAACAAAUGCUACAGCAUACCUUAAAUGUGUCAUGAGUCAUUUUAUUAUAUUAGUUUUAGUGACCUAUUUAGCUAAUUUCCAUGAAAAUGUUAAUUAUUUCUACAACAACCAAAUCAUACAACAUCAAUUUUCUUUUGCUUUUCUUGAUGUUAAAGAUAUCAACUCAAUUUACACUUGGUUAACUGAAACAUUUCUUACACAGAUCCACAAUGACAAAAAAACAACCUUUCUGAAUAACAGCCGUGCAAAAAUUCUUGGCUUACCUAGGAUGCGGCAAGUGAGAGCAGCUAAAGAAAAUGUCAAAUGUUUUCAAAAGUAUAUCUUUGUCUAUCUGUCAAAGCAAUGGAACAUUCAAAAUGCUAUGUUUACCUAUCUGUCAAAGCUAUGGAACACCACCUGCCAAGCAAAGUAUGGUCCUAGAUUUGAAGAUCACAACAGCUAUUUUAAUUCCUGGCAAAAUAUUGACAAAACAUCCACAGAGAAAAACAUUUACAGAUAUAAUGGCUAUGUUUAUGAACCACCCAUUUUACCUUGGACAUAUAUCUCACCAGGAAAGUUUCAUUAUUAUUCUCCAGGGGGUUAUACUGUUUAUUUUUUUCCUGAAGAUCAAUUGUCUGAUUCAAUAAAAAAGCUACACCAACUUGUGUCAAGUUCUUGGAUUGACAAAUAUACAUGGUCUGUGAUUAUGGAACUUACUACCUUCAAUCCAGAUGUGAACUUGUUUUGCACAAUUUCAGUUGCUUUUGAGAUGUCACCUUUUGGAAGAAUUUAUAAAACAGUAUCAGUUAAUUCCUUUCACCUCCCAGUUUUUACACCUAAAGAGUGGCGUAGCAUUUCGAGUGAUAUUAUAAUCAUUGGAAUUCUUAUGAUAUUUAUUAUAAAUGAAGUUCGUACAAUUGUAAAAGAAAAGGGCAACUAUAUAAAAAGAAUAUCAAAUCUUAUGAACUUACUCCAAACAGUUAUGCUUAUGCUCAUGGUUUGUCUGCUGGUAGUAAAGCAUAAGAUGGGAGCUGAUUUAUUAAACUUUUAUUUACUUAAUCCAAACCAAUUUAUCCCAUUUCAUGCUGUUUCAGCUGUACAUCAAGCCCUGAGGAUGACCAAUGCAAUUUUAGUUUUCUUUACCAUUUCAAGGACUGUAAUAUAUGCAAGAUGUUUUCAUGAUGUGCGUUUAGCACAAAAGUCUAUCACCACAGCUCUGCCUAUCAUCUCCUCUGUGGGGAUUAUUUUAAGUAUUUACAUUUCUGCCUACAUCAUGUUUGGCUAUCUGGUGUUUGGGCAAUAUGAGUGGAGAUUCAGUACAUUGAGUAACACAAUACAGACUGUUGUUUCAUAUUGUAUCUUUGAAUUUAAUAGUGCUGAUUUCACUUCAAAAAAGAUUCUUGGUGGCUGCUAUAUUUUUUCAUUUGUUAUUUUCAUGGCGUGUGCAUUAAUAAAUGUUUUUCAUACAGUAGUCAUAGCACAUUAUGAAGGCGUGAAAAAGCCUGUGUAUGAAGAACCCUGUGAAGAAGCUGAAGCAGUUGCUUUUCUAAUUUGUAAGGCUAGGCAUAUAUGGAAUUCCUUAAAGGGCAAGGAGUACACUGAUAAUGAACCAGAUACUGCCAUCCCUAUGUUGUAUGGGAAAGGUGAAAAAUAUAGUGCACAACAAAAUUUAGGAAUGAAAGCAAAAAAUGUACAUGGACAAAAAUUUAGCUAUUUGCUUAUUUAA